GAAUGACAUAUCAUUAUCUGCAGCUAAUAUGUUUUCGUGCUCUUUUAUCAUCAAUAGUAAAUUCAUGUAGUUUCCAAAUUUCUAGUCUCAAUUACAGCAAGUGGAAUACAUGGUUAUUUUUGAUGAUAAAUUUAGAUGGAUAUUCUUGUGUUGUGCAAUCUUGUACCUCUUGAUACAUAGUUUGAAAUCUUUUGAACUCAAUGAUGAAAAUAUUCCUCUGCAUUUUACAUCGGAGAGCUCGUACUUAAUUGUUCCAGAAGGGGAGCAGGUUUUACUUCCUUGCAAAACAAAUGUUUUCUCUGAAGCAUUAAUAUCUUGGUACAAAGAUGACAUCAGAAUAGCUGAAAAUCUUACUUUUUCUUUUCGUCUCCGGUCAGCUUAUCGUGAAGAUGCUGGAUAUUAUCACUGUGUAGUAAAAACUACCUAUGGGGGGAUCCGUAGCCGGAAAGUCAAAUUAGAGAUCGGUUAUCUUGAUCCACCAUCUAAAACCAAGGCGCGUUCAUUUAUUGAAGUAACUCUAGAUCAAGCUGUUAUAAUUUGGCCUGGUUCACCACAUCAAGAUAAACGAAAGCAGCCAUUUCAACUGGAAAGACGAAAUGGAUUGUGGAAAUCAGUAUUCAACCCAGCAAACAAGACAAACAAAGCUUUAUCUCCUUCAUAUUAUUUACAAGCAGUACCGUCCCCACAAGCUAUAUGGACUAUAAACAAUGCCCCAAUACCUAGUACAUUGAAUAUUUUUGUUAGUCAGUUGGAACAAGCUAUAGUAUUGCUUAAUAUUGAUAAAGAAAUGGAUUCAAAAGUGAUUAGAGCACGACUGAUCAAUGGCUACGGAAGAGCAAAUAGUGAAGUAUUCAGUCAGACACAUAUAAUCCAAGUUAAAGAUCCACCUGAAAAUAUGGCCACCAAUUCUUUAGAUCUUGUCUUACCUCCAAAAGAUGUGUCACUUACUUUAAAAGAUGACCAACCAGGAACAGCCGUCUUUGAAUGUGUAUUUAAUGCAAGACCUGCUCAUGCACUAAGAGUUCAAUGGUUUAAAAGUACACUGAAUGGUAAACAUGAGCUUAUCAAUCCAUCAAAUGUUAUUUCAUCACCAACAAAACUGUCAACCAAUCAUAAUUCAAACAUUAAUAAUCAAAUUAUUUAUAAAUUUGAUACUUCAGGUCUCAAUAGAACACUAAUUAUUAGCAAUAUAUUACCGAGUGUAAUACCUUCUGAUUAUUUUCAACAAAUCAAUCAAAAAGGUAUUUAUUCUGAAGAAUAUACAUGUCAUGCUUAUUUAAAUGACUACAUUAAUAAUAAUGUAUUUGAUAUGAAUAAAUUCAUAUUAGAUGAUUCUCAAUUUACUACAUCAGUCUUAUCCUCCUCUUCAUCAUCAUCUUCUUCUACAAAUUCUGCAAUUAAUUUAUAUCAACGUAUUAGUCCCAUAUCAACUACAGCUAGAUUAAAAUUAUAUUUACCGCCAAAAAUUAAAUUCCCACCAAAUUUGAUUGUGAAUAGUUUAACAAGUCAAUCGGAAAUUUCACCGAAAUAUAAUAAAUUAGUGAUAAUUGAAACAAGUGCCAGUAUGACUAUUCAGUUACCAUGUGAACUAGACUAUUUUGGCAUACCGAAAGCUGAAAUUAAGUGGUUAAGAAAUGGUGAUUCAAUUGAUACACAUAAACAAGAAUAUUACCAGAUUCAUACCAAUCAUACUUUAAUCAUUAAAAAUUUGAAGUUAACCGAUGCUGGUAUUUUUCAAUGUUACGCAUACAAUGAUGUUGGUGAAGAUUUCCUAAAUAUUUGGUUAAAAGUAACGUCGUUCGCUCCAAGAUUAUGCAACUCAGAAAUAAUUAUGGAGAAUAUUACUGUAUUGAAAGAAUCAACAACAGUUCUGACUUGUCCUAUUCAUGGAGCACCAACACCUGAAUUUAAAUGGUAUAAAGAAACCAGUGAAAAUGAAUGGACACCAAUUUAUCAAUUACAUCAAAAGUAUAAAAAUUCUAAUUAUUCUUCAACUUUCAAGAGAAAGCAAUAUUUAAUCAAAGAGGAUGAUGUGAAUGUAAUGUUAGCUGAUGAUAAACUAAAAUCUAUACAACCAGUAUCUAAUUCAUGUGUACCGAUCGGUUUAAAUGAAUUGGAGAUUUAUCAUGUUGAUUAUAAAUCAACUGGUUUGUAUAAAUGUGAAGCAGUGAAUUAUUUAGGGAAUCAAUCAGCUUUUAUUUAUCUCAGUGUUUAUGCUCGUACCAUACCUGUUCACUAUUUACCAAGUUCAAUAACAGCUUUUGCUAAUCAAAGCUUAUCAAUAAUGUGUUCAUUUUACAUUGAUCAAAAUACACUUGCUGAAAUUAAUUGGUUUCAUGGAAGGAAAGAAUCUAUUCUUUCAGGUGAAAAAUAUAAGAAACAUAAUAAUACCAUGAUGAUUGAUGAAACUAUCAAAGAGAAUACAAAAGUAAUUACAAAUUACAAUCUUGUCAAGUCUGUACCAAUAGAUCCAGUUAUCACUUAUUUCUCACGUGAUAUUCCACAGAAACACAAACCGCCUAUAGGAUUAAAAGAGUAUGGUUCGAUUUUACACGUUAACAGUGUUGAUGUAUUACAUCAAGGAUUCUAUGUUUGUGAAAUCCUAUCACUUGGUGGUAAUUACACUCUUAAAACUGAAUUAAAAGUUGUUUCGCUCCCGACAGCACCGACUGAUCUGUCUGUUACCAAUGGAUUUGAAAAUAGUAACUAUGAUAAUAAUAACAAUGAUAUUCAUGACAUCGGAGUUCAACUGUCAUGGAGACAGCCACAAGCAAAACAUCAGCUGAAAAUAACUCAUUAUGCAAUUUUUAUUCAUAAAUUACCCAAUCAACAUAGUUUGGGAAAACAAAAUUGUGAACUAAUCAUGGAUGAAGAAUGGGAACUAUUCAGUGUCAUAAAUCUAAAUGAAACUAUUAAAAAUCCAAUAAAUGAUCGUUAUAUAUAUAUAAUAUAUAAUAUAUCAAUAGUCUUUCAGACUGGUUCAUAUUGUAUCAGUCUAUCUUCCGUAAAUUUUCUUGGAUGGAGUAAAAAAUCUAAUUCUGUUUUUUAUUCAGUAUCACAUUUAUCCAAUACAUUAAGUGAAGUUAUUAUGAAACUGUAUUUAAUAAACGUUACAAGCACAUCUAUUCAUGUUCUUUGGGCAGCAGCAUUGCAAACCAAUACAUUAUCAUUAUCCUUAGUUAAAGAAUAUCAGUUAUAUUAUUGGAUUGAGAAUAGUGAUUUUGUGGAAGUGAAAAAAUGUUCUAAUAUAAACAGUUUUGUACAACAAAACGAGUUGACCAAUUUAAAACCAUCGACAAGAUAUAAUUUAAAAAUUUCAGCAUGUAAUGAUUACGAGUGUGGAACAUUUUCUGAAGUUCUCCAAGUUCAAACUCUUCCACAUGAAUUAUUAAAAACACCGUCACUCAUAUCUGUUACUGUACAUCAAGCAAAUAAAGUGAAAAUAUCAUUUUUCAGUGACUAUAUAGAUAGAGAUGAAUAUUACACUGAACAAAUGAAAGGUUAUUUAAUUAAAUUAUCUUGCAUUGAUCCACCUGGUUGUUCCGACUUGCAAGUGUAUUUGCCAUUAGAAUGUGUCACGGACGCUGAAACGUUUGCUGAUGAACACUUUAAUGUUAACCAUGAAAACAUGAUUAACAAUCAGCGUUGUAACGAAUUAAACCCCUUCGAAAACUCCACAGUAUUGUUCAGUGCAAAUGUGAAUAGAAGUAACCAUCAGAUUUCAAUUACUUUGAAUUCACUUAGUCCAUAUACUUUAUACGAAUUGUUUAUCGCUUACGUAUAUAUCAAUCGAGUUGGUCCGUUCAGUAAACCAGCAGAGGUGUUUCGUACAACUGAAGAUGUUCCUUCUCGAAUUAUCAAUUUAAUAGUUAACACUGAUGGUAGAGAUGGUCUUAUUGUUGAAUGGGAUGCACCAGAAAAACCAAAUGGAAAAAUAUUACAAUAUAUACUACAUUAUACUGAGAUUAAACCUAUUGAUUCAUUAAUUGACAUUCACCAUCAAUAUGAUCAUGUAGAAGGUGAAUAUAAUACAACACUGACUUUUAUGAAUCAAAGAAUUAACCAAAACAGUAGUUAUGAUAAUUAUAUUAAUUAUUGGAAUGAACAAUCAAUUCAUCAAUAUCCAAUAAUAGACCACUUACAAUCAGCUUAUACAAAAGAUACUAAUUUUAUCCAAUAUAUACAAACUAGAACUUAUGACAAUAGAAAGUAUGCUGGCUAUUAUAGCUUAAAUAGAACAAUUAAUCGUGUACAUAUUAAAUCAUUAAUUCAUAAACAUAUUUAUCAAAUAAGAAUGUUUGCAUUGAAUACAGCUGGAUUAAGUCCAGUUAGUUUACAAUUAGGCAUUACAUCAUUAUUACCAGCAUUGAAAUACAAACAUCAGUAUACCGAUCAAAAUUUUAUACAAUGGAUUAAUUUAAUACAUUCAAAUAAACAUCAAGAGAAAAUAUUUAAAUGGUUAAAUAAUACUCGGAUACAGUUUCUCAGUGAACCAAUUAUUUCAAAGAUAAAUGCUCAUAAUGCAGAAUUUUCAAUUGAAUUCAAUCUAAAAUUAGAUGGAAAUAUUUCUCAUUCCAACCAAUCUACUCCAGUUGUAGGCGAUUUUUCACGAAUAAUAAAAUUAAUUGAAAAGAGUAAAUGGCCAAUAAAAAUACAAAAAAUUCCUUUGAAUGGUUAUCAAGCUUUAAACGGAAAUGAUCAUAUAAACUCUUUGAAUUGGAGAAUAAUCACAGCAUAUAAAUAUACUACUAGUCCAUCAUUGAAAUUAUCUUUAACAGAAUCGACUAAAUUCAAUGUUAAUGAAGGAGUACAAUUGACGUUAUCAUUUAAAUUAUUUAAUUUAUCCAGUUAUAAUUAUUAUCGAAUUGAAGUUUGGCAACCGAUCGGUUUACUUUUUGGUAAUUAUAACCAAAUAGCUAACAAAAUUUUGUAUCAUUCAAAUUUAUCUAAAUGGUUUAAAAUUGAAUGUGAACCGCCAUCAGUGUCGCCAUCAUUAGUAUCUACUCAUAUGUUGAAUUUAGAUCAAAUGAAAAUUAUAUGGCAGCCUCUUUCUCCGGAGGAGUGGAAUGGAAUACCUGGUGGGUAUUUAAUUACAAUUCAGGAGGCUGAAAGCGAACAUACACACAGUUUAAUGACAACUUAUCCGAAUCACGAUCACAUGUAUAGUGCAAAUGAAACAGUAAAAAUUCAAAUUAUUCAAAGCAAGUGUGGUUUAGAUUAUUUACAAAUAUUUAUUAAUGAUAGCACGGCUUUCUCAUAUAUCACUGGAGAUUUGAAAUUCGAUAGUGACUACAUAAUAAGUAUUCGUGCUGCAAGUGUAGAAAUCGGAAAUUCUGACAAAUGGUUAUUGGGUCCACAAACUGUUAUUCAACAUUUGUCAAUUUACAAACGAGCAAAAAAUAAUGAAGACAUAAGAUUUCUAAUUUCGAUGAGAACGUCAAAAUUUAUUCCAUACAAUCUUAAUGUUUCACGUGAACUAGAUUGGGUAGUUAUGAGUUGGAAAGAGAAUAUCAAAGUAGAGUGUGGACAAUUACCAGAAGGUUACCAAGUUUAUGUAACAACCGUUGAAAGUUUUCAAACAAGACCACGACAACGUCCAGUAACUCCCAAAAUACAAAUAUCACAGAGUAGUAUCACACAAGAACGGAAUAGAUAUACAAUUUGUCCUAUCGCCACAGCUCAUUUAUCUUGGCCUAAUUAUUUACGUCAGUUACAAUCAAAUCAAACAACUGAAUAUAGUUCCGGAUUUCUGUAUACAUCUCCAGUCAUAAAUUAUACUUUACAUUAUGCAGAAGUAAUGAAUAAUAGUUUCAGUGAAGAUAUUUAUGGUAAGAAUCCAAAUAAUUAUGGUUCUAUUAACUGGAAGACGUAUCAACCAGCACCACAGAUUGAUGAAGUGAAUGAUUUUUUAGUAGAUGGGCUCCUACCUUAUAAAAUGUACAUUUUUCGUCUAGCUGCUCAAAGUGAUGCUGGAAUUAGUCCUUUCAGUCUAUCAACUGAUAUUUUGGUAACAAGUCCACAAAGACCUUGCUAUUAUUCAAUUAAAUUAGAAUUUGAACUGAGAUCUCAUCUGCACUCUGAAAUAUCCCAAAGUUCUGGUCAUACCGCAAGGAGACAAAGAGAUAUUGUAACAAGGGGUUAUUGUGAAUAUUUAUUGUUAAAGUGGAAAGGAUUAAAUUAUCGUCAAUGGAAUAGUCAACCUGGUUGGUAUCAUAUCACAUAUAGAUUAUGGUUAUCAAAUGAUAAUAAUACAAAUACUCAAUUAUUCAAUUUAUUUAUAAAACAUGAUGAAAAUAAAAUUGAAAAUUCAUAUUUCCAUAUAGAAUUGAAAGAUUUAAUACCAAAUAAAUAUUAUUUAUUUUCUAUUGAAGCUAUAAAUGAUUAUAGUACAACUAAUAUAUUCUCUUCAAUGAUACAAUUAUCAUCAUUGAUAUUUAUUAAUAGUGGAAUUGGAUGUAAUCAAAUACAAUUACAGUAUAAUCAUCCAAUGAAACAAAUGACUGAAUCAUUAGUUAUAUAUAAGAUGAAUAAGAUCAAUUAUCCUGUAUUAUUAAGUAAACUUGUAUUAAGUCCAAUUAAUUUUUUCUGUUUCUCUGAUCCUAUUCAAGUUUUGAUUAAAUGUACAUGGGAUUAUAAAGAAUAUCAAGGUAUUUUAGGAUUUAUUUUAGAACUACAUGAAUACGGUGACAUAAAUUAUAACAUCUCCUAUGAUUCCAUUAAAAUUCAUUCCAUCUUCAUUAAGCCACAUGUACACGGUAUUUUAUUAUAUUCUGCAUCAAGUAUAACUCAAUCAAAUGUUAUCCUAUCAGGUCAAACAAUUAUUAAACCAUAUUUUUAUUAUAAAAUGUCAAUUCACGUUAUAACAACGGGUGGACAUGGACCAAAAGCAUAUUCCCCACAAUCCAACUAUAAAGGGACACAAAGUAAUACAAAUGUGAAAUUACAUCAUUCAAUAGAAAAUGAUUGUUUAUCUGGUGAACUGUUAUGUACAUCACAAUCACCACCGAACCCUCCAUUUUCAUUAGCAUCUCAAUGGUUAUCAAGAAAUCUAAUUAAACUUGAAUGGUCACAACCUGAGCAAUUGAAUGGAAAACUUGUAAAUUAUCGUGUCUCAUGGAGUGAAAUUACUUUUCCAUCCAAAGAUAAUCAAUUUACUGACAAAAAUUCAACGAAUAGCAAAGAAAUUGAGCAACAAUUCACAGUGAUACUAAAAUCAUUUGAAACGACAUAUACCAUAGAUCAGUUACAUGAAAAUACUUCAUACAUAUUUAAAGUAUAUGCUCGAACACAAUCAAAACAAAAUGAUGGUUGGAGUACACCAACUUGUAUUUAUGCGUCAACAAGUUAUUGUUGGUUUAAUUCACCUCAAAUAACCGGAAUUAUAUCUCAACAUAAAUGUGAUUUUAAAACUUUACCCAAAACAAUUGACCCAAGCUUGGAAAAGUUUUGUUCAUUCAAUUCGCCAAUAUUACGUCGUCCAGUAGUGUUUAUCAGUAGUAUAAAUAAAAAUGCGACGAAUCAAAAAUUUAAAAAUUUGACUAGGAAUUCAUUACAGUUUCAUUACAAUGAAACAAAUAUAAAUUAUGCAUCAACUGUCAUUACAAUUCUAUGGAGUGAAGUCAUGUCUGGGAUCAAUUCGAUUACGCAUAUAUUAAUUGAAUUACGUUAUUCAUGGAACUUGAACAAAUGGUAUUCUUUUACUAUGAUAAACAGUUCAAUGAGAUUGUACACUUUUGAUUUUGAAGAUUUAACAAAACUUUCAGUCAAUUUAAAUAAGGAUUUAAAGCAUUCAUUUAAUGCAGUGAAAAGAAAAGUGAAAUCACAAACAACAAUGAAUGAAAUCAAUCAUGAAGCGACAAUACGAAUGAUUACAGCUGCAUUUACUGAUGCUAAUGUACCGAUAGAUUCUACAGCACAUGUAGCUAUUCAAUUUCGUGUAUCUCCAGUUAAUCAAUUUCAAAUAGGUCUACCUAGUCAAGAGUCAGACUGGAGUGUUAUAAAGUUAAAAACAAUUGUAACACCAUUUUAUCAUCAUUGGUGGUUUAUAAUCCUGUUAGGAUUAUGCGCUGUAACAAUCAUCUUCAUUUUAUUGAUUACUUUGAAGUGGAAUAUACACAGAAGGCAACAAUUAAAUAAAUCAACAUUUGUUACUGAAAAAUAUGAUUCCAAAGUAUCUUCAUCUAAUGCUUUUAUGAAUGAUUGUUGUUUAACAUUCAAAAUAUAUCAUUCAAACUAUUUGACAAAAACAAUGAACAAUAAUAUCCAACAAAAUGGUGAGAUAUGUGAAUAUCCAAAUAUGAUUAAUUCAACCUUUCAUAACAUUAGAUCACCUGAAACAGUUGAAUUAACAACAGGGAUACACUAUACUGAGAAUUCUAAUAAUGCAUUACAUAAUAAUCAAAAUCCUUUUAAUCUUGUCCUAAAUAAUCAUAAUUGGGAUGUUCUAUACAAUACUAGUCCAGAAAUUCUUAUUGCUCAAACAGACAGUUCACUUGGUAGUAAAGCUCCAAGUAAUAGAACAGUUAGUACAAGUGAAGUAGAAAGAUUUGAUGACUUUACUCAAAAUUACAAUAAUUGUGUAACAAGUCAAGGAUUAAUAAACAACUCAAAUCAGUCAUUAUGUCCUGAAAUGAACAUUACAAUUAACUCACCCUACAAUUUUUCAUUACCAUACUCAUUUCGAAAUAAUCAAUUGAUUACUGACUUAAGUCAACCAAUAAACAAUGAAAUAUUAAUAAACCAGAAUUUACCGAGUCCAUGCAAUUCAAACAAACUAUGCAUUGACCAAUUAUCAGCACCUUAUCUUUACUCAUCUUCACAAAAUGAGUCUACAAUACUAAAUCAGAACAAUUUAUGCCAAUUAGAUAUCAAUAGAAGAUUCAAAUUCGAUGAGUCAAUAAUACCAUUGGACCAAACUAUUAAUUCCUUACCAUCUGUUCAAUAUCAACAGAAUACAAAUUACCAGAAUGAACAAACGCAUCCUGAUCAAAAAUCUUAUGAUGUGGAAUUUUCAAUGACUCAAAAUCGUUCUGUCUAUCAAAAAUUUAUAAAUUCCAUCAAUAAUACACCAUCAAGUAAUGGUAACGCAUCUUUCAACUUGACGGCUACCAUCCCAAAUAAUCACAGUAGUAAUCAUCAUUUUUAUCAAGUGAUUACAAAUGGAGAUAAUUAUAUAAUGUCGAAAUCACAUAUAGAGACGUAUGAACCAGAAAAUUCAAAUUAUAUGAAGUAUAAUAGUUUACAGAGAAAAUCUUUAAAUAGAACUUCAAUGACUACUGAUUAUAAUAGGUUUAAUACAGUUAAAACAAGUAUGGAAUUGAUUUCAUUGCCAAUGGAGUAUUCACCUUUUAAUAAUGAAGAUAAUCAAUCAUCAGUGCGUCACGAUGGACAGCGUCUUAUACAAGAUUUCGAUUUCAAUUUAUUACCUGAUCAUUUGACUCUGAAUGGUCAGCUAACUCAAACAUCGAUAAAUAACACCACGGUCAAUCAAAUAUCAAAUAUUUAUUCAACAGGAUCUCAUAAUGAUGACAUUAGCAAUGAUAAUUCUCAGUUUAGAAAUACAAAACAUUCAUUAAAACAAGAAAAUAUUCAUCAAUCCCCAUCACCUUACAAAAAUACCGAUUUAUUGUUUAAUAACUACAAUUCUACAAUGACCAUUGUUAAGAACAACGAUCAAGACACAUUAUCGAGUUGGGAUGAAAAUCUUGAAUUUCAUAUUACAACAGACUUGGAAUUGUUAACGUCUACAGAAGUCUAAUCAUGGUUUUACAGUGUUCUGAAGUGUUUUAAUUCCCGUGAAUCAGGUUUUAACUGAUCUUUCAUCAAUUCACUAUGUUGCCCAUUUUGUUUGCGAAUGAAUUCUAUCAGUAGAGAGAUAAUUGAAGUAAUACUAAGAUAUGUGGUUCUAUACACUUAUAUAUUGUCUAAUAGCAGAUAUUAUGCAUUGUGUUUAUAUUGUAACUACAUUGUAUUAAAAGUACAAAUUGUUUCUGAUAGCUCCUAUUUUGUUCAUUGAAAGUGUACAGUUAUACAGACAUAAUUAUAUCUGAAUCUAAGUUAUUUUCCUUAAGUUAUUAAGUGUUCUUUAAGCCUGUCCUCUUUCUUUUUUCUCUUAGAAACUAUGAUACAUUAGAACAUUAUGAAAAAACAAUGGAAUUUUUAAAAUCUAUUUUUCUCUUCCCAUUAAUGAAUUCCCAUAAAUUAUUUGAUAUUUGUAAAUAUAAUAACUGCAUUUCCCACUCUGUUCCCCUUUUUUUAUUGAUGCAAACAUGUUUAUUAACCUUUCAGAAAAAAAACGUUAUUUUGUUUCGGAUUUCAGUAAUUCGUCUUAUCAUUUUUUGCUUCUUAAUGGUAAAUACUGUGUUUGCUUGACAAGUUUUAUAACAUGGUAUAUAUAAAUACUUUGAUUAUAAGAUAACUUCAAA